AUGUCGUUUCUUACGGAAUAUUUCGAUGAAUACCGCCUACAUCCCAUCAGGAAAACUAAGAUGUGUCGCCCAGAAAACAGAUGGGCGAAAUUGGAAGGAAAAUGGUUGGACCCUAAAGUGGGAACAGAAGAUAAAGCAUGGUCUGAAGAGGAGGUGGAAGGUUUUAUCAAAAAUACAAUGCACAGUCUUCGGGGUCAAUCGACAUACUACAACGACUACUGUGCCCAUCUGUCUCCAGAGUUCAAGACUAGGCCUUUCAAACCUCGUGAGAAGAAAAAAGUAUGUAGCAAGGCGGGGGAAGUAGUGACGGAUGAACCUCCUCCACCGGCCCCGAAGCUGGCAAUCAAGGAUACAGAGCUGAUGAAAGUGGCCCGGGAACUGUACGAGAGAGACAUGGACAAGCCAACCCUGGAACCACUUCCCACGCAGUUGAGGAUUCUUGGCUACGUCCGGCCGUGUUUAUACAAAACUGGUAUCAGUGAGUACCAGGAGAGCAUAGCUCGGCUGGCGUACGAGAUGAUCAGGGACGACAGGAUCCCGAGAUACGUGGCUCAUAACGGAUGUCGACCUCACUGGGGUCUGCCUCCAGAGGGUGUGAGGCAACCAGAACUGGAUGGAGCUCCUUACGACGGAGAGAGGCUGUACUGA